UAUAAAAUAUGGAACAAACCUAAACAAUAACUCAACAUAUCAAAACAUUGGAAAAGACAUCAUCCCUUUGUUUUUAUAUUUUUCAGUGUUUUGCAAUUGCACCUCUUUGUAUUUCAUCUCUUAAAAAUAACUAUUUUAUACCAUUAGUUUUCUCAAAUCUCUCUCUUCUUUAUUCUCACUUCUUCUCCUUCUGUGCAACUUUUUCUCCUUCUUUUCAAUUUUCUCAUGUUUAAUUUAAUCCUCGGAUUUCGUAUAUUUUUAAUCUUUGCGUGAUUCCACAAACUUGUACCUAAUUUUCUUGACUUAUUUCAUAGUCAUUAAUCUUGAUUUGAUUCCGAUUUUAUCAAAUUAAGAUCUAUCGAUCUAUUGUUUUAGAGGGAAAAAAAAUACCGAUCUUCCCUUUUUUUUGUUACCUAAACCAGAAAUCAUGGCGAACCGGUGGUGGGACGGCGUUCAGGCCGGUUUGCCCGAACCGGCAUCGUUGAUGAGCAAAGACGGAGGCGGUGGGAGCAGCAGCCGCGGCGAGGACGACGACGAAAAAGACGGCGGCGACGAGCCUAAAGAGGGCGCCGUGGAGGUGGGCACGCGCCGGCCCAGAGGAAGACCGGCCGGUUCAAAAAACAAGCCGAAACCGCCGAUCUUCGUGACCCGGGACAGCCCUAAUGCCCUCCGCAGCCACGUCAUGGAGGUUGCCAGCGGCACCGACGUGGCUGAGAGCAUCGCCCACUUUGCGCGCAGACGCCAGCGCGGCGUCUGCGUGCUUAGUGGCAGCGGAUCGGUGGCUAACGUCACCAUCCGCCAGCCGGCCGCCCCGAGCGCGGCUGUGGUCCUGCAGGGCCGGUUCGAGAUCUUGUCUCUAACCGGGGCCUUCCUGCCCGGACCGGCCCCGCCCGGGGCGACCGGUUUAACGGUUUACCUGGCGGGCGGCCAGGGGCAGGUGGUAGGGGGCAGCGUGGUGGGCCCCCUCGUCGCCGCGGGGCCGGUUAUGGUCGUCGCGGCGACGUUCGCUAACGCGACCUACGAGAGGCUGCCGCUCGAGGAGGAGGAGGAGGCGGGCGGGUCGGCCGCCCAGGGGGCGGGCGGGGGCGGGGAUUCGCCCCCGGGGAUGGGUCAGCAGCCCCAUCAUGGGAUGGCUGAUCCAUCAAAUUUGCCAAUUUAUAAUUUGACACCAAAUUUAUUGGCAAAUGGAGGGCAUUUGAAUCAUGAUGCAUAUGCAAAUUGGGCUCAUCCAAGACCUUCAUAUUGAGAGAUUGAGGUAAAAUUUCUCAAGAAAAACAAACCAAUUUCCUUUGAUGAAGAAUGAAUGUUUGAAGAGGAUUAUUAUUAUAUAUAAAUAUGUAUGCAUUAGAGGGUUGUGUAGUUAAAUAUUUCCUUUGAUUUCUGUAUAUUAGACUACUUCAGUUUGGAAUAAUAAAUAAAAUCAUGUUUGCAAUAGAAGAAAUGUUGUUAAUUUUUUUA